AUGUUUCAAUCUAACCGUCCCAAGUUCAGCUUGGACCUCACCAUAAAAGAGCUCUCCAAUAUUCCUCAAAUAAAAGGCUCUUGUUAUGUGGACAUUCAAAUCCGGGAGAGCCCGGGAAUGAAAUCGUUUCCUACGUUUAAACACAAGACUUUACACCAUUUCGACACAGGAUCCAAUGGCGAAUCCAAAUCUUCAUCGCAACCUGAAGAAUCGCAAACUUCAGUUUCGUCAAAUCUGAUUUCAGUUCAUACUGCGAACAAACAUAUCCAUAAUUUCAAAUGUGCAUUCAAUUAUAACCUCCGGUGUAACUUGCGAUUCCCGCUCAACAAAAAGGAGAAUUUGAUAGGAAACAAAUACCUCAUGAUGAAAGUAUACUAUGUUGAUGAUUCUCACGAUUCGUCGAGUAUUAGUCACCACGCUACCGAGUUGGGACGUUUGGAAUUGAACUUGUCGGAAUACUUGAACUUCGACGAACCGACAACCUCGAAAUACUUGCUACAGAAUUCAAAGGUGAACUCAAUCAUGACGUUGGUGGUGUACCUUGACGAACUUCCUGCCGACUACGACUUCCACACCCAGCUCCAGAUCACCGAUAAUGCAUCUUCUGCCAACUCUAGCAGAACCUCCACCCAGUUGAGCCGUGGUGCCACGAAGAAGAAGCUGUUUAAUGUGCCGCAAUUUGAGAAGAAUAAGGUGUUUAGCGGGUUUAAUGGAGUAUUGGGAGGUCAAACCAAUGGCAAAAAUUCCCCUAAAUCAAGUGCUCUGGAGACCUCGUCGGUUAACAGUGACGGUGAAGAACGACCAGAACGUAGCUCACGAAAAAAAUCUGGAAAUCGUAGUGGUGAGCUGCAUAGGGAAGUACGCUCAAAGAACGAGGAAGCCCAGGUAACUGAAAAGGGAGCGUUCAUGAUGGACCCAACUAUCAGUAAUCUUUACAAAAAGAUUUUGGAAUCUACUUGGGAUCCAGAGCUCCAUAAACUUCUACAAUUCGACCCAGAAAUGUGUAUCGAGGAUAUCUUUAAAAACGGCGGUGAUGGCUGGAACCAGUACUUGUCGCAGAACUUUGGUACAUGGGAAGGUGACGAGCAUGAGGGUGAUGAAGACUAUUAUACCGUGAACGGAUUGAUCGAUGAACCCAAGUACAGAGACGAUUUAAAGAGCUGGAAUGUCGAUGUGAACAAGGUGCUUUCAAAGUAG